UAUUCCUGUAUCCUGACCCCACCCCUUUAUAAAAACACAAGUAGAGUUGUGGAAAGAUUCUUCAUCGAGGCAACAGGCAGAGCAGGAGCCACCCGAGGUGAGAGGAGGCUCAGAGGAGAUGGCACAGGCGAACAUCUCGGUGACGGAGAGCCAGUUCAGGUGUCCCAUCUGCCUGGACAUCCUGAAGGACCCGGUGUCCAUCCCCUGCGGACACACUUAUUGCAUGGCGUGCAUCAACAACUACUGGGACCAGGCGGAGUCGGGCCAGUUCAGCUGCCCUCAGUGCCGGGAGACGUUCAGCCCUCGGCCGGUUUUGCGGAGGAACACGGUGCUCGCCGAGGUCGUCGACAAACUCAAGGUGAGCGAGAUUGUCACGUCGCCGGAGCUUUACCUGGUGGGAGUCGGAGAAGUUCCGUGUGACUUCUGCCCGACUGAGAGCAAGCUGAGGGCGGUCAAGUCGUGCCUGGUGUGCCUGGCGUCUUUCUGCGAGCUCCAUGUCGCGCCGCACCGGGAGGUCGGCACGCUGCGGCGGCACAAGCUGGUGGCCGCCGUGGAGUGUCUGGCGGAGCGGCUCUGCGCUCAGCACCGCCUGGGUCUGGAGCCCGCGGGGAGCGGCUCCGAGGCGGAGGCCGCGGUGGAGUGGAGCGGAGACUGCCUGCUGUGCGAGGCAGACCAGGAGGAGGUGCACAGCGUGGAUGCCCAGAGAACCAGGAGACAGCUCCAGCUCCAGGAGUCUCAGAGGAUGGUCCAGGGGAGGAUUCGGAACAGAGAGCGAGAGAUAGAGGAGUUUCAACAAAGCUUAGAGUCUCUCAAGGUGUCAGCAUCCGCUGUUCUGGAAGAUAGUGAAGCUCUGUUUGCAGAUAUGGCACUCCGCCUGGAGAAAACCAAGGCAGAGGUUCGCGCGAGGCUGGAGACGAAGGAGCGAGCAGUGGUGGGGAGAGCCAAACGCGACAUAGAGAUGCUGGAGAAAGAUUUGGAGGAGCUGAGGAGGAGAGAUGAGGAGAUCAGUCAGCUGCUGCACACAGAAGACAACACACAUUUCUUACAGGCGGCUCCACUGCUGUGCGUCCCUCUCACCACUGGUCGGCACUCCAGAGCCCUCAGCCUGCCCACAGAGGCCUUCAGUGGCGCCAGGAAAGCACUGUGCCACCUCCGCAGCCGAAUGGAGGAGGUCUGCAGGGAGGAGAUGGACAAGAUCAGCCGUGCAGUUAAUGAGAACUACGUGUCUGGUGGAGAGUGUCUAAAAGGUGGCAGAAAUCCGAGUGCAGAGAACGCCAAACCUCAGCAAAUGCAACCAACUGCAGGGCAACAUGCCAGUAGGGCAGUGCCGGUGUCAUUCCCUCUGUCCUCUUUGUCUCUGCAGCCGGCUGAUCAGAGGAUGAGAGCAGCCUUCCUCAGGUUUUCUUGUCGUCUGUCCUUGGACCCUGACACAGCCCACCCUACUCUGAUUCUCCUGGAGGGACCACAGGGUGCCCACUGUGGUGAGGAGCCCCAGUCUUACCCCCCUCACCCCCAGCGCUUUGACUCAGUGGCCCAGGUCCUGUGCAGGGAGGGCCAGUUUGGUGGUGCCAGCUAUUGGGAGGUGGAGUGGAGGGGUGGGGGAUGGAUUGACAUUGGUGUCACUUAUCGAGGUAUUGGACGCAAAGGUGGUGGGAAACCCUGCCUCCUGGGGCGCAACGAGAACUCCUGGCGGCUGAGGUGUACGCACGCAGGAUAUGCCGCCUGGCACGACAACCGUAAGACCACGGUGGCUGCGCCGCCCUGCCCCAGGAUCGGCGUGUUCCUGGAGCGCCAGAAAGGAGCAUUAUCCUUUUACAGCGUGUCAGACACAGUGAUGCUCCUGCACACGUUCCGUUGCCCGUUCUCUCAGCCGCUUUACCCAGCCUUCCGCCUGGACCUGGACUCCACCCUGCUCAUCUGCCCCUAUGAGGGAGGGAAUGUAAACCCAACCUAACCUUCCCUCCCUUCUUCAUCCAGGACACUUCAUUUAACUACUGCAGGAAAGGGCUGUUCACUCUGCAUAUGGAUAUGAACAUUAAAAAUAGAGUUUGCUGGUGCAGAAGCAUCACAGUCAGGAAUCUGUUUUCUUCUUCCAUACAUGCCUUCUGUCCGUGUCAGACAACAGAUUUUUCUUCAUCUUGUUUUUUAAAAACUUCUUUUUAAUUCUAAGCUAGUCUGUUGGUACUGUCUCUGUCACAUCAUACAUUAUGACUUGUCAUAGCAGGAAAAGCCCAGGAAAUACUAAUAACAACUACAAAGGCUCCAUUCCAUUUAGGUGUCCCAGUAAGGCAUGAGAGUGUGAUAGUGAGCCAACAUGCAAAAAUAUCAGAACCCUGAAACUGACACACUGAAAUGGAAUUCAGCAAUUAUUUAUGUUACUAUUUAUACCUGUGCUUUUCCAACUGUGACAUGUGACGUGUCUUCUAUGAAAAAGGCCUCUUCAAAAAAGUGCUGUGCUGUGAAAACCAUCCACUAAAAAGUAUUCACCCCUAUUUGUGUUUUACAUUGUUUUCUAUAUGGUAAAAAAAUUAGUUACAGUACAUUUAUGGGAAACGUUUUAUACUAGAGGGUGGAUUUAUUUAACUCCCCACAAUGCGGCUGAAUAUUUAAUACCUGUGACUACUUGAAUACCCACAGCAAGAGAGUUUUCUGUAUCAGCCUCACUGCCAUGUGACAUGGGAAAUCUCACUUCAUCAGUUUUUAUGAUGAAAAUGUAACACCUGCAAAAGUGACCUCAGCUUCAGAGUCAGACAAAUGAAAUGCCAUACUGUAGUUCAUGUUUUGCUUUGGGUAAUGUCUCAUAUUUUUUGAGGCCAUUUGGGGUCGAUUUUCUUGCAUGUGGGUGAUUUUUGUGAACAACACAUUUCAGGUCUGUCUUUAAAGUAGAUUAUGAAUUAAAGAGGGAAAUAUGCAUAUUCACUUCUCUUCCAAGAGUUAGACUGGAAGACUGGAGGCAGAGGGAAAGAGCUAGCCUGCCUCUGUCCAAUCACCAUCAAACUUUGUGUAAAACCACAACUUCCUGUUUUUACACUUUAGCUUCAACAACAGUUAGUGUUCAUUAAUGAGCUUUAGACAUGCUGGUAGCUCUGAGUUUAUCUCCUUUGGACAGAGUUAGUAUGCUAUGCUAAGCUAGCGGUGGCUGGUGUUGGCUUCAUAUUUACCAUACAAUCAUGAGAGUGGUACAGAUUUUCUUAUCUAACUCUUGAAAGAAAGUGAAUAAGCAUAAAUCCAAAAAAUGUCUGUUCCUUUCAGACCGCAUUCACAUUGCAUCAUAUCUAUGUCAGUAUAUAACCCAUAUUCAUUAACAAUGUAUGACUGCAUAUUCUAAAGGGAUUUUUGAAGAGACACAUGUACACACCAUCAUGUCCAUUAUUGUCUCCACUAUGCUGAUGCUGGUUCAGGUCACGCAAGCCACUACAAGGUGGCAAUAAUAUGGUGACCGAUGGUGAAUGAUUAAAAAUAUACUUAGAGUUAACUCUGUUUAAGUGGGGGAAUACCAGAAGCAUGUACUUUGCAUGCUUCCAAAUUCAAUCCUAUUAUAUCACAUAUUGAAUCAUAUCUAAUCAGUCAUGGUUAGAUUUUUUUUAAAAAAAGGAACUUGAACAUUUGAAGUCUGUCACUGCUUCCACUGACUCCUGUUUCCCUCUGGAAACAGUUUGAUUGUAGCAUUACCAUAGUCUAGCCACAGCUUUUCUUAGAUUAUGGCAUCAUUUUUCAUCGAAGCUUUCUUUUUGAAUGGUGCUAUUCCAGUGGAGUGUGAUGAUUUGACCGAGCACUGUGUGAGGGCUUUAUGUCAGCAAUUAUCAAUCCAAAAAAACAACAGGAUUACAGAACAGUUACAUAUAAUCUAUCAACUUUAUAUGCAUUUUCAAAGGCAUGUUCAAAAAUACGAGGUUGAUUAAAACAAUACUACUAGAAAACCUAUUGUAUUACACAUACUACUACAGCAAACAUUAAAAUGUAUUACAGCAAUGCUUUACAUCACCUUGCGAGUUCCACACAAGCAAGUCAAGUCUAGCAAGUCUAAUUUGCCAACCUGAUUUUGUCUGGCAGGUCAAUCACUUUUUUGCCAUGAAGUGCAUUAUUCCACAAGCUGGACUGUAGAAUUAUAUCUCCUUGUAGCAUUUCCACCUCCUGUUUACUCACUGUGCUUCCACUAUUGUUCUUUAAUGUGACUUUAAAAUAUGUUGUAUUUGUCUGAGUGUUGCUUUUUCCAAGAUGAGGUCAUUCAACCGUAGCUCGCAAUAAACUGAUCCAGGUCUGUA